UUUUUAUUAUUGUUUUUGGUUAUAGUUUAUCGUCAAUGUAUUAUGUACAGCACAUUCAGUCGAAAAUUUAAAAUGAUAAGGCUCUUCAUCUCGAUGUUCCUUCAUGUUUCAACCAAAUCAGGAUUAAAGUAAACAUCAAUUAGUGCCGUGUCAAUUUUUCUCUUCCGUUCUUUAUGUUCUCCGCUCCUUUUCACUUGGAUAUGGUGCGAUGUCCAUGGUUUGAUAUCAUGUUUGUUUUUGGAGUAAAACAAUUCUUAUUCACUCUCAAUGUACCUCUUAAUCGUGUCCCUACGUGUAUCAUUUUAACAGGGCAUGACCACUAACUAAACCCAUUAGGUUUAAGAGGUUUUCCACAGUGCGGCAAUCUUGGGGUUUUCAUGAGAGCAUUGUAACCAUCAUGAAAUCUCGAUCACAAUUUUCAAUCUAAACCACCUCUGCUGGAAGUAGCCACACCAUUUUUGGAUUGACUGAAAAAUUUUUGUUAAAAUUUACCAUGAUCAACUCACCGAAGACUCUAAAACAUCUCUGUCUAGAUGUCGUCUCAAAGAAAUUUGCAGAAAUCUUCAUCAUGCAGAGCAAACCUUUACCUGUCAAAAGGAAAAGGAACAGUGAUAGAAAAUUAAAAGCAUCUUCUUCAUCCAGUGACUUUUACUUGCCUUGUGAAAUUGCUGAACAUCUCAUCACAUCUCUCUCACGUGACGGAAAAUUUUCUGAAGAAUACUUAAAUGUCUUCAAUGUAGAGCACGCUUGCCUAAGGAAAGUAAUUCUGCCAAAUUGUGAUGGAACGCAGAGCAAGCAUUUCAAAUUUCUUAUGAGUCACAAGAUAACAGAAUUAGAAAUUUGCGGAUCAAGUUUACAAUUUGAUGAAACAAUUCAAUGGCUUGGAGAAUGGAGUCGCGAAAACCUUCGGUACCUAAGUGUACCUCGCUCAGUUUUCUUACCUAGGAGCAUCUCAUCGGUAUCCUUCAAAUCAUUGAGGAAUUUGCGAUACUGUAAUGUCAGUCAGACUAAUUUCAAUACACUAAAUUUGGAAGCUCUGAUAAGAGACUGUGCUUUGUUGGAAGGAUUAGAUAUCUCUGAAACUGAAGUAAAAAAAAUCGGGUGUCUCGUUCAAGUGAAGGACUCUCUGAAGACCCUCAAGAUGUACAAACUUCCGAUCUGUGACAAAACAAUAGUUCAACUGUCAAAAUUACAAUUUCUGGAUAUUUCUACGGAAGAUGAAACUAUGUCUGAUCUGGGAUCAACAGAAUUCAAUGUAGAGUCACCUGUUAUGUUGCAAAAUAUUUUAACUCAUCCUAACGCGCUGAAAAAUAUUAUUUCUUUUGAUGUCUCAGGAAGACGAGCCAUCAGCAUAUCAGCCAUGCGCCAGUUCAUUCUGAGUCACUCAAAAUUGAGGUUCCUUGGUUUGUUCUUUGAUGACUCACUGUGUUCCGAACCUAUGCUCCGUGAUAAAAACCAUCCUGAUUUCAACCCAAAUUUGAAGGUUGCAGGCACUGCUUCACAAGAACAAAUACUGAUGGCUCUAGACAAGUACAGAAUGCGAGCCGAGUAUAUACAUUCCUGCAUUUAUAAUUUAAUCACUUUUGCAGUGAUGUACAACAUGAAGAGUGUCGAAGUUAGAACCGAAUUCGUAAGAGUAAUAAUAGAGAUCAUCAAGCAAAAUCCAGCCCAUGCUGUUGAAUCAAUAAGCGUCUAUUGUUUAUCAUUCUUGAUCAAACAUAGCACCUCAAUCAAUUUCCAUCCCAAUCUGCUCUUGGAAGUUGUCGAAUUGUGUCUAGACUUGUUAGAAAAGUACCCUAAUGACAUGACAGUCCACAAAUAUGUUCUUAUUAUUCUCCAGCAACAAUACCUGGAGGAAUUGGAAGGCAUUGAUAAAUGUAGGUAUUGUAAAUUAGCCUUGGAAUCAAUGUGCACUUUUAAAAAUGAGCUAAUAAUUAAAAUGGCUGUGAACAUUGCAGCUACUUUAGCUACGCGAAUGUCAAAUGAAGAAACAACAAAAAUAGGAACAAACAAGAAGUUUAUGAAGAAAUUUCUGACUAUUGUAAAAGAAAAAGUAGUAGCGGUCAAAGUAGAUAAUACUUUCACCACAACACUGACAACCCUCUGGAAUUUAACAGAUGAAUCGCCAAAAACAUGCAGUACUUUUAUCUCAAACAAAGGUCUAGAAUUAUUCGAGUUAGCACUUGAUGCUUUCUCUGGUGAUGGGCCUGUAGAAACUGACAUAAUUGGUAUUCUUAGUAACAUUGCAGAGGUUAAAAGUCUGAGGAAGAAUUUGUUGAAACCAAAAAUUGUUUCAAGAUUAAGAUCUUUUCUCAAGAAUGAAGAAAUAGACAUAAGCUUCUAUGCUGCAGACAUUCUUGUUCACUUGGCAAGUGAUGGGGAGCAAUGUUGGACUCUGGAGAAAAUUUCACGGGCCAAUAUUUUAAAGGAGAUUCACUUUGUAAUAACUAACAAGUGGAAGUCACCUGGUCGCGAGAUUGCUGCAUAUCGAUCUUUUACUCCGUAUAUUCAUUUGUUAAAAUGUUCAGAGCCUGCUGUGCAGUUGUUUGGCGCUUGGGCCAUUCAUCAUGUUUGUUUUGAAAAUCCCUGCAGGUAUGUGCAGUUUCUGAAGGAGAAAAAAUUGAGUGAUUGCUUGGAUCGCUUAUGUAAACAACAGAAUUUACAGGUCGAUGUGAAGAAGCUGGUUCUCAAGUUGGUUGAGUACAGAGAGAAUCCUUCCUUCAGGAGUGAUGACAACUGUGCAGGUUGAAAGUUCUCAGAUUUUUUUGAAAGUUGCUUUUACACAUUAUCCUGUACAAUAUGGUGAUAGUCUUCAAAUCUGUGAAGUCUAUAAAGCUUUCACGAAGCUUUCAGACAAAUAUAAACUGCUGACAAGGUGCUGAGCAUCAUCUAAACAUGCCAAAACAGGGUUCUUCUAUCAAACAUUGCUGGAAUAUGUUCCUAAGUCACAAAGACGAAAAAUGAUGACAGAAACAUGUUACGUAUAAUAAUCUAGAGAACUUGCCAAAGUUCAUUAAUUAAAUACUUAAGCCAGCCUAUCACACCCUCAUUAAACUUAUAAGGCGAAUCUAUGAAAUAAUGAAUUGAAGAUGAGUCCUGAAUCAAUUAUUGAAAAUUUUUACAUCAAAUUUAAAGCGGAAGAAAUCCAAUGGGAUUAUUGAGUUUGCCUUGAAAGCUAAAGCUAAUCUUGACUCAAUACUCAUCUUCGAUGUAUCAUUUGACCUUGUGGAGCUUAAAUUAACUGUCAGACUGUCGGUCAAAAGUUUUGUAAGUUUCGUUACUUUGAAUGAACAUCACUUUGAAAUAAUUUGGGAAAACUUUAACUGUAAAAAUAAUAGAUUGGAAAAAUUAAGUACCAGGAAAAACAUUGAGUAAUUUAUUGUGUUUACAGAAAGUUAAAUCAAUUUAAAAAUUUUAUAUUUUUGUUUUCUUUGCUUUUGCAUUUGUUUUUUUUCUUUUGUUGAUUUUAUAUAAUAAUUUAUCUAUUUAUUUAUUGAAGGAAGUAUUCCUUCUUUUAUUUAUGAGCCUCUUUAUAAAAAAGGUCAACUCAACCAGAAAAUAACUUGAAGUUAAGUCAUAAUUUCUUGGUGAACAUCCAAUCUAAAUAGGAAAAUAUUUCCCAUCAGCGUUUGAAAACGUGCAUCAAUUUUAACAACAUCAUAAUGUGAUCAAUAAUCCAGAAUUGAUUUAUCGUUUUUCAUAGUCUGACACUGAGAUGCAAUUAAAGUGUGUGAAUGCUCUUAGUUUAAAGAUUGUUUAAAAGAACAAGGGGCGUCCUUAAAGUAAUGGGACUGGUGCUAUAACUUAGAAACAAAUGCAGCUGAUGAGUUGCUCGUAGUUGCAUUCAAAAGAAUAGCAUUUUUCCUAUUGAUAGACCUCAAGUUGAGCUCUUUUGGUCGAAAAUUAUCAGUUUUAUGAUAAUUUGUAAUCGAAAUGAAAAUAACUAAGAUGUAUUUACUCCUCCAAAGACGAUCUCUCAGAAUUUUGCUUGGAAACUCUACGGGCUGAAUUUUUUAGUAAUGUAGGACAAAACUCUGCAACAGAUUCGUAUGCAAUAUUUUCCCAUUCAGCGGAAUUUUCACGGUGUUUUUUUUUUUCAAGCAGUGUAGGAGUGAUCACUGAGUUUUUACCCAAAUUUGUGUGCAAAUUCUAAAAAUGGCACCGACAAAAACUCGAAAUGAAAUGCAAAGCGUGCUCCAUGAGCAUUGUUUUUACUGUUUUGUUUUGUUUGUUUUGUCUGUGCAGUUUUUUUUUAUCAUUCCACUUGAAGGAUUCAGGAAGAUGGUGUUAGUUCAGUGGAAUGGGGGACUCAAAAAAGCAUUAAAUUUGACAGUCGAUAUCUCAAAAAAAGAUAGAGAUUUACCUGUGUUCGAGGACAGCAAGAACGAACGUUAAGUUCUUAAAAUAUUGAUGAAAAAAAUCAGUAGAAGGUCUCAUUUUUUCUGUUUAAAUCUAUCAAAAGUUUCCAAAUUGUUUACUAAACGAGUUCAACUUGACGUCAAUUAAUAGGAAUUGAGCUUUAGUAAAGCAAAAAUAAACAACCUGCUAUUUGCAUUCUUUUCCUUGUUCCUAAGUCAGUCCUGGUACUUGGGUACACCCCAUGUAUAGUGGGAUGCUGUCUGUUAUACGAGGAAGAACCCAAAAAAACCGGAAUUUUGCUGUAACUUGGCAACGGUAGAAAAUAUCAGGGUACUACCACUAAAGGGUGUAACUAGAAGCUAUGAAGAGUCACUAGGCCAAAUUUCAACGUCGUAGCUUAUUUUCUUUUAUUUUGGCGAGACUUUGUUUAAGGGGUUGUCUGGCGAGUUCGUCGUUUCUGAAGAUGUGUGAUUUUCACAGGCAAUACGCGGCUAACUCUGUCAAUUUUUGGAGUGAAUCUUGCAAGGAACAUGUUUCACUCAUGACAUAAGUGAAUAAAUGUUUUUCUUCGUUUUAGAGUGUGAUUUAUUGUUCGAACUUUGGCUGGACGCCCAGUGGCAGUCACCGGCUAGAACGCUGCAUGGGGGAUCAAUUCGGCAACAACGCGUUUUAGGCCCAAAUGUUUCACAGUAAUGUUUUGAAUGUUUCUGUAUUACAUUCAAGUGAUAUCGGUAGUUAAUUUAAUGAUCUGUAACCACCCUUGUUUACAAAAGUGCAAUUUUUCCCAUUAUUUGCAUUGGUUCUAUUCAAUGGCGAUGGCGGUUCAGAGCCAUACAGGGGUUUCGGGCGAUACAGCACCAUUUUAAAGGGAAAAACCGUACUUACACUGAAGUUUUUGACGAGGCCUGUCCUUUAGAAGCAGCCCUUUAAAAGGUUAACAGAGGAAGUCGUGUUUUUAUCGAGCAAGAGAGAAAAACUUGAGCUCUAAGUGUUGUUACUGAAAUCGACCCAUCUUUAAAAACGACGAACUCGCCAGACAACCCCUUAAACCAAGUCUUGCCAAGGGAAAAAAAAUGUGCUACGGCGUUGAAAUUUGGCCUAGUGACUUUUCAUGGCUUCUAGUUACACCUCCUAGCAGUGGAGCCGAAUAUUUUCCAUCGUUGCCAAGUUACAGCAAAAUUCCGGUUUUUUUUGGGUCCCUCCUCGUAACAUAACUCUCCAUCUAGCAGUGUAAACUGGACUACAUUUUGCAAUUAGGAACUAUAAAGUCCAGCCUGGUUUAAAAACAACGUAUGUGCCAUUAGUUUCCCUACGCACAAAAGUGUUUUUUAGAUGAGCCAGAAUUUAUAGUUCCAUAUUGCAAAAUGCAGUCCAACUUACUCUCAAAAUUGCUCUCAAAAUGAAUCAUCAUUGUAAUUAAUUUCUUAAGUAAGUUUUGCAAUCAAUGUCAUUAUUUUUAGUGCAGUCAGUAUCUUAAUUUGGAUUUUGGAUCCUCUAUUAUUACUAGGGUAUUUCUUAACCCUUUGAAGUUUAUUCAAGACUGCACAGAUAGGUCCUAGAACUGUAAAUGACCGUUUUUAAUGUGAUUAUUGCUGGUUUGCUUUUAUUUCUUUCUCUUUUUUAAGUGUGUUUCAAAUUGGGUUUAUGAUUUUCUCAACCUAUCAGUUCAUUGUAACUCAUACCAAAAAUGAAUUUUACUUUAUCAUAACUAAACAGGCAGCUGAAUUGCCUGUAGUUGUCACAGCGAGGAAAAGACAAGACCAGAAAUGAAUCAAAGUCCUCUUGAUUACAAAUACAUAAAUUGCAUCAAAUGUACUGUUGCAGUCGCAGGUCAUCGCACGUAUUCCAUUUCCUUUUAUGGAAGAAAAUCGGCUUUAUGAAGCUGGGCCACCAGUAGGUGUUACAGUUUUUUGUAGCUGGUAAAUAUUUGUAUAAUUCUUUGUUUUAUCAGUAUUUUUCACUUUUUUGUGUGCAAGAUAUUUCCAAUAAAAUUGCUUAAAGUCUUUAA